AUGAAUUCGUUGCGUAAAAGUUUGGAAGAUCCAGAAAGACCUUUCUUAGGUCCAAACUAUUGGCUUUUGAAGAAAGUCGGAUUUAUAUUACCAGAAAAUAAGCUGGCUAAGAUACUUUAUAUAAUAUUACACGAGAUAGUCACUUUCUUUGUGAUAACGCAGUACAUGGAAUUGUACGUGAUAAGGUCAAAUUUAGGUCUUGUAUUGACUAAUCUGAAGAUUUCAAUGUUAAGCGUCGUUUGCGUCAUUAAAGCGAAUACAUUUGUUCUAUGGCAAACCAAUUGGCGAGAGGUGUUGGAGUAUGUUACAUCGGCUGAUAAAUUCGAACGUCAAAAUCAGGAUCCAAUUAGAAGUACAAUCAUUAAUUCUUACACAAGUUACUGUCGUCGGCUUACAUACUUCUACUGGUCACUAGUCUAUACAACGUUCUUGACAACGACAUUAACACCUCUCAUGAGAUAUGUAUCAUCAUCUACUUUUAGAGAGAAUAUGAGAAAUGGAACUGAAGACUUUCCUCAUAUCUUUAGUUCCUGGAUGCCCUUUGAUAAAUAUCACUCUCCAGGAUGUUGGAUUACUGUCGUAUGGCAUACACUUUUAUGUGCUUAUGGAGCAGCUGUGAUGGCGGCUUACGACACGUCCAUUGUAGUCAUCAUGGUGUUCUUUGGUGGAAAGGUCGACUUGUUACAAGAGAGAUGUAAGCAAAUGUUCAUGACUGAAUAUGGUAUCACCAACAGAGACUUCAAAGAAGUUAUGCGUCAACUUCACGAGAUUCACGUGAUGCUAAUCAAAUACUCGAGGCUUUUUAAUUCUCUGCUGUCGCCUGUCAUGUUUAUUUACAUAGUAAUGUGUUCCUUGAUGCUCUGUGCCAGCGCUUAUCAACUGACUUCAGCUACGAAUGCUGCUCAAAAACUGCUAAUGGCUGAAUACUUGAUAUUUGGAGUAGCACAAUUAUUCCUGUUCUGCUGGCAUAGCAACGGCGUUUUAAUAAAAAACGAAAACUUGUCAUUGGGACCUUACGACAGCGAAUGGUGGACCACAAACUAUAAACAGCAGAAAGAAGUACUGAUACUGGCCGGACAACUUCGCACUAAGAACAUUUUUACUGCCGGGCCUUUUGCUAACCUCACUCUAGCGACCUUUAUCAAUAUACUAAAAGGUGCCUACAGCUAUUAUACGUUGCUGAGGAAAUAA